GUGAGAAGCAGGUGUAAGAGUCAGAGCAAGAGAGACCGAAAGAGAAAAAUUAACUAUUCGAAGGGGAACAAGAGGUACAAUGGGCCCACCAUUAAAGCUGCAUGAGCUGAUCCGAGCAAUCCGCAGUGUGAAGACACAGAAUGAAGAGCGGGAAGUGAUCCAACGAGAGUGUGCCGAUAUCCGUUCUUCCUUUCGGGAUGAGGACUCAUUGUACCGGGGUCGGAGCCUAGCCAAAUUACUUUAUGUCCAUAUGCUGGGGUAUCCUGCACACUUUGGGCAGAUGGAGUGUUUAAAGCUGAUUGCAUCUUCAAAGUUCACUGACAAACGUAUUGGAUACCUUGGUGCAAUGAUGUUAUUGGAUGAGAGGCAGGAUGCUCACUUAUUAAUAACCAACAGCAUGAAAAGGGAUCUGGAGCACAGCUCCCCAGUGGUUCAAGGAUUGGCUCUUUGCACUCUGGCCUGCCUGGGAUCAACAGAGAUGUGUCGGGAUCUGGCUGGGGAGGUAGAACACCUAUUGCAGAACUCCACUGGUCAUGUUAAAAAAAAGGCAGUCUUAUGUGCUGUGCAUAUCAUCAGGAAGGUUCCAGAAUUAGUGGAGAUGUUUGUCCCAGUGAGUGAGGAGUUGCUUGGAGAGAAGAGGCAUGGUGUGCUUUAUGGAGCUGUUCUGCUGGUCACAGAGAUCUGUCGGAGACAACCAGAGGCCUGUAAACGUUUCCGUAAGCUCCUCCCACUACUCCUACAGAAGCUCAGGCAGGUUAUGUCUGGUUAUUCUCCUGAUCAUGUAGUGUCUGGCGUUACUGACCCUUUCUUACAGGUUCGCCUUCUGCGUCUUCUGAAGAUUCUGGGACAAAAUGAUGAAAGUGUAUGCGAUGCAAUGAGUGAUCUGCUAGCUCAGGUAUCCACUUGUACAGAUACACAGUCCAAUGCUGGAAAUUCUGUCUUAUAUGAAACUGUGCUCACAAUAGUGGAUACCAAAUCUGCAAGUGGUUUGCGGGUUCUUGCUGUUAACAUCCUGGGGCGGUUUUUGCUCAGCAGUGAUAAAAACAUCAGAUAUGUUGCUCUCACAUCUCUCAAUCGGUUGGUACAGUCAGACUAUGCGGCUGUUCAAAGACAUCGAGGCACUAUUGUAGAAUGUCUCAGACAAACAGAUACCUCCUUAAACAAGAAAGCUUUGGAGUUGUGUUUUGCACUAGUGAAUGAGACAAAUAUUCUCCCAAUGAUGAAGGAGCUUCAGCGAUUCCUGCAGACUUGCCCUUUGGAGCUGAAACAGCAAUGCACAUCAGGAAUAUUCUUGUGUGCAGAGAGGUUUUCCCCAUCCACACGGUGGCAUAUUGAUACUAUAAUGGGUACACUGGUCACCGCUGGUGAAAGUGUCCGUGAUGACGCUGUCUCACAUCUCAUUCACUUAAUCAGUGGGGCCUCAGAGCUGCAUGGUUACAUCGUACACCGACUUUUCUUAGCAGUCAGCAAAGAUAUUGGGCAGCAACCACUGGUGCAGGUCGCUGCUUGGUGCAUUGGGGAAUAUGGAGAGCUUUUGAUAUCUGGAUCAAGUGAAGAGCCAGUAAAGGUGUCAUUUGAUAUUACAGAACAAAUACAUGAUAUCAUUUUGAAGUUACCUUAAAACUGUAUCAUCAAAUUUAUGUCACAGCACUUGGAAGAUAACCCUUUACUAUAAUAAUAGUGUCAGUAUUGCUCACCUCUAGUAAUACUGUAGUAGUGAAACAAUUGUGUAAGUCCAUUGACAUCUAAUCCCUGUUGUGCAGAUCUAUUGGCACUUUAUAGAUACAAGAUAAUAUUAAUGACACCAGGGGUAAAGCGAUGCUCUUAUUCCUCAGGUAACUGAAGAUGAUGUUCUGGAUGUACUGGAAGGUAUUUUGCAGUCACACAUCUCCUUGCCUAAUACACGGGCCUACACUUUGACUGCUAUAAUGAAACUAAGCACACGGUUUACACGCUGUGUUGACCGUAUACGACGGGUGGUUUCUAUCUACAGCAGCUGUCAUGAUGUAGAAUUGCAACAGAGAGCCGUGGAAUACAAUGCCCUGUUUAAGAAAUACGACCACAUGAGGUCUGCUAUUUUGGAAAAAAUGCCACUUUCAGAAAAAUCAGCUACAGAAGAGAAUGAAACUGCUAUACCUGAGCUUAGUGAGGCUACUGAGAGGUCACCAUUAGAUAAUUCCCAAAUUAAUUUUGCACAGCCAGAAAGCCAGGUAACAGAUCUCUUGGGUCUUUUGGAAGUGAGCACUGACAUGACAAUGAAUACAUCAUCCACUGCAGGUCCGCCUCUACCUCAGAAUGUCACAAGUGGAAGUAGUUUGCUAGACCUUUUGGAUGAGCCCGUAAAUCAUGAAAUGCCGCCAUUAGUUGUGUACAGUAAGGAUGGAUUACAAGUGGAAUUUUCAUUUAUGCGUCCACCCUCAAAUCCUGCACUCCUUGUUAUUACUUCAUCUGCCACCAACUCCUCUUCCAUCACCAUCACUGAUUUUCAGCUGCAGGCAGCUGUGCCAAAGAGCAUCCAAAUCCAACUGCAAGGUCCAAGUGGAUCUUUAGUUCCUGCUUCUGAUGGAGGAUCUGUCACCCAGUGUAUCCGAGUCUUGAAUCCACAGAAGGUGCCCCUCAAGAUGCGUCUUCGUUUUUCAUUUUUGCAAAAUGGAAAUACUGUACAGGAAAUGUGUGAAAUCAGCAACUUCCCUUUUGGGACAUGGCAAUGACCUUAGGUUUUUCGACAUCUAUUCAUGACACUACAUGGAUUAAGAUUCCUCAAAUCCAAGACAGUGAGCUGUGACACUGUUUGACUAAUAACUGAACUUAGCACUGUUAAUUAGAUAUUAGGAAUACGAGAAUAGUUUAUAAUGUUGUAGCUGUAUUAGCCCCUUUGCAUUACUGCAAAAAUAGUAUUUCAUUAGUAUGUGGGUACUUUAUUUAGACUAAGAAUCUCUGUUCAAAGUUGAACAUUAAAGAGAUGUGCUCUUUUAGUUUGCUUGACCUAAAAGAAAAGAUUGCAUCUUACACAAACUUGGCAUAGGAUCUAAAAUGUCUAAAUAAAAAUAACAUACUACUGUGAUCCAUUUUGCAAUAGAUAACAUUAAAAAUUAAACUAGAAGUUCCUCUGGAAGGAGAAAAUCUGACAUAAAGGAGUUAAACAUGAAAUUACAUCUUUACAGAGCAGAGCUGGUAUGAAAUAUGGACCUUGUACUUAAAGGAUAAGUAAACCUUUAAACUAAGUGAAUGUAUAAUUGAUAUCCACAGUAAUAUGUCAAAUCACUGGACUUGAUGUAUUUUUUUUUUCUUGAAAACCUGACUGGCUUUCUCAAUUCAGAAUGACUUGGACAAAGAUCUUCCUGUAAUUAAAACCCUGGAUGGAAGUGUUAGUCUAAGAAAUUUUACAUUCAAUAUCUUUUUUUAAUAUUACAAGAAAUGUAAAUAUGAAUUAAUUAUGUUACAAAAGGGACACCUGCUGCUCAGUUUCCGACUGAAAUUGAGUCAAGAAACAAGUCAGAAGAAAGAAAUAGGGCUGUUGCAAUGUUUCCCUGUUUAGGAAAGACGCAACAAACUUUAUCUGAGGUUUCGUAUGUUUUUCCCAACAGAGGAACAUCAGAGCAGGCCUCUUUCUUUCCUCGACUGGAUCACGGUUAGAGAAUGACCAGCAGGUGGCAUGUUGUAACAAAAUGAAUUCAUACUAACAGUAUAUAUGUUUCUAUCUUGGAAUAUGAAUGCUAAUUGCAAUUAUUUUAAAGGUUUGCUUAUCCUUUAAAUAGAAAUAAGAAACAGUGUGCCGUACCAACUUUAUAACAAAAACAAAUACUAAAAUAUGCAAAACAAUGCUAGACUAUUACUUGUAAUUUCAGUAUUACACUACCAAGCAAGUUACAUUUGCUACAGACUUAACACAAACUUUCAUUGUUAUAAAAAGUUUACAGUUGGGGUGAGCUUUUUAUCCACCAGGGGGGCAGCUAGUGUGAAAGUUCAUUUGUUCGGAGGUUGAAAGGUUUUUUGUUUUUUUUAAAUAAAGAUUUUUUUUUUUUAACAACAA